UGAAAGUCUGAAGGUUGUUUUUGUGGCGAGAAAAACAUGAAGUUAUUUGCUGAGAAAAAUAACAGAUUAACCUUAAUUUAUGCUAUAAGAAGUUUGACUUUCUAAAAUAAUGUCAGCGGAGUGUGAGAAAAUGACGUCUGAAAAGAGUCUAGAAGAGGAGCUGGGAGAGAUGAAAAGUGGAACUGAGAUAAGGCCAAGGUCUCCUGGAUCCAGCUGUGUGUCCUUUAAGAGUGACCACUCAAUGGCAGAACCUAUCAACUUUAAAGAGGGAACAGUCACUCAUGAAAGAAUCACAAAACAGAGCUCGAAAAUCAUCUGCAGAAAUUCACUGGAGUCCAUAUUCAAGGAGCUGGAGCACAAAUUUAUCACAUUAUUGAAAAACAAGUUGAACAGAUUCAAGAACCUACUUAGUGCUGAUUACCCAGCAUGCUCUGAGGAGGAGGAGGAGGAUCUGGACUGUGUUAGAGAGGGUGUGCUGAAGAUCACACUACACCUCCUGAAGAACAUGAAGCAGAAAGACCUCGCUCACAAACUGCAGAUCAAGCUGGCCUCUGUGUAUCAGCGGAAGCUCAAAUCCAAACUUCUAGAUAAAUGUAAAAGAAUUAAUGAAGGAGUCUCACAGCAUGGGACAUCAACACUUCUGAAUCAGAUCUACACAGAGCUCUACAUCACAGAGGGUGGGAGUGGAGACGUCAAUAAUGAACAUGAGGUGAGACAGCUUCAGACAGCGUCCAGGAGACCAGCAGUAGGGGAGACACCCAUCAAAUGUAAUGAGCUCUUUAAAGACAAGUCCAUCAGAAGUGUGCUGACUAAAGGAGUAGCUGGAAUUGGAAAAACCGUCUCUGUGCAGAAGUUCGUUCUGGACUGGGCUGAAGGGACAGUGAAUCAGGACGUCCUCUUCCUGUUUCCUCUUCCCUUUAGAGAACUGAACUUGGUCAAGCAGGAAAACUUUAGUCUGAUUACACUUCUUCAUCAGUUUUUCCCUGAACUUAAGGACUUGGAAGUAAUAGACAGUGAUGUUUACAAAGUUCUGUUCAUCUUUGAUGGUCUGGAUGAGUGUCGACUUCCUCUAAAUUUCCAGAAAAAUGAGAUGUUGUGUGAUAAGACAGAGUCAGCCUCAGUGGAUGUGCUGCUCACAAACCUCAUCAAGGGGAACCUGCUUCCCUCUGCUCUUCUCUGGAUCACCACUCGACCGGCAGCAGCCAAUCAGAUCCCUCCUGAGUGUGUAAACCAGGUAACAGAGGUACGAGGGUUCAGUGAUGCUCAGAAAGAGGAGUACUUCAGGAAGAAGAUCAGUGAUCAGAAUUUGGCCAAUAAAAUCAUUAGACACAUGAAGUCUUCCAGAAGCCUCUACAUCAUGUGCCACAUUCCAGUCUUCUGCUGGAUCUCAGCCACUGUUCUAGAGAGAAUGUUGGGUGAAGCAGAGAGUAGAGAGAUCCCCAAGACUCUGACUCAAAUGUUCACACACUUCCUGGUCUUUCAGAUCAAACACAAGGACCAAAAGUACCAGCAGAAAUGUGACCUUGAUCUUCCCCAGACCAGAGAGAGUAUCCUGGCUUUGGGAAAACUGGCGUUUCAACAGCUGGAGAAAGGAAACCUGAUGUUCUAUGAGGAAGACCUGAGAGAGUGUGGCAUUGAUGUUAAAGAAGUGGCAGUGUACUCAGGAGUGUGUACUCAGAUCUUCAGAACCGAGUCUGGACUUUACCUGGGGAAGAUGUUCAGCUUUGUGCAUCUGAGUGUUCAGGAGUUUUUGGCUGCUUUAUACACAUUUCUCUGCUUCCUCGACAAAAAGACAACAAUAAAACAAACCACUAAUCUGUCUGGUCUUUUCAAUAAGUCAGAAAUGUCUGAGUUCCUCAAGAGUGCAGUGGACAAGGCCUUACAGAGUGAGAACGGACACUUGGACCUGUUUCUCCGCUUCCUUCUGGGUCUUUCAGUGGAGUCUAAUCAGAAGCUCAUUCCAGGUCUGCUGUCACACACAGGAAGCAGUUCUGACUACCAAAAGGACACGGUCGAAUACAUCAAGUUUAAGUUUGAACAAAAUCCAUCUCCAGAGAGAUUAAUUAAUCUAUUUUACUGUCUGAACGAGUUAAAUGAUGAUUCACUGGUGAAAGAGAUCCAAAGCUACAUGAGCUCAGGAUGUCUCUCUGAAGCUGAACUUUCACCUGCUCAGUGGUCGGCUCUGGUCUUUGUGCUACUGACGUCAGAGGAGGAUCUGGAAGUGUUUGAGCUUCAGAAGUUCAUAAGAUCAGAUGAAUGCUUUAAGAGACUGCUGCCAGUCGUACAGGAAGCCACAACAGCUCUACUCAGUGAGUGUAACCUGACAGAGAGAAGCUGCUCGGCUUUACACACAGUUCUCAGCUCAGAAUCCUCUAAGCUGAUUAAGGUGGAUCUGAGCAGGAAUCAUCUGGAGGACUCAGGAGUGAAGCUGCUUUGUGCUGGACUGAAAAGUCCAAACUGUAAACUGGAGACACUGAGACUCUCAGACUGCAGUAUAACAGAGGAAGGAUACACUGCUCUGGCUGAAGCUUUGAAAUCAUCUCACCUGAUAGAGCUGGAUCUCAGAGGGAACGACCCUGGAGACUCAGGAGUGAAGCUGCUCACUGAUUUACUACAGGAUCCAGACUGUACACUGAACAGACUGAGUUUGUUGAAAAGUGCUGAGGCGGAGGAAGCCUGUGCUUCUUUAACUGAGCUUCUGGGUACAAACCCUUUACUGCAGAGAGAACUGGAUCUGAGUGGGAAAAUAUCUGGAGACUCAGGAGUGAAGCAGCUCUCUGUUCUACUGAAGGAUCCACACUGCAGACCUGAGAAACUUAGACUUUCAGACUGCAGUAUAACAGGUGAAGGAUACACUGCUCUGGUUAAAGCUCUGAUGUCAAACCCCUCAACACACCUAAAAGAGCUGGACCUCAGAGGGAACGACCCUGGAACAUCAGGACUGAAGGAACUUAGGAAUUUGAUGAAAAAUACAAAAUAUAAACCAAAGACUUUGAGGUUGUUGAAAAGUCCUGAUGCACAGAGAGCUUGUGAUCAUCUGACUGGUGUUCUGGGUAUAAACCCCAUACUGCAGACGGAUCUGAAUCUGAGCGGGAAAAUAGACGGAGACUCAGGAGUAGAGCAACUCUGUGUUUUACUGAAGGAUCUACUGAAGGAUCCACACUGCAGACCUGAAACACUUCAACUCAGUGAGUGUAAUCUGACAGAGAGAGGAUGUUCAGCUCUGCUCACAGCUCUCAGAUCAGAAUCCUCCACCCUGAGGGAGCUGAAUUUGAGUAAGAACAGGAUUCAGGAUUCAGGAGUGAAGCUGCUCUCUGCAGAACUGAAGAAUAAACACUGGAAACUGCGGACUGUGAGGCUGAGUAAGAGCGGUAUUACAGAGAGAGGCUGUACUGAUCUGAUAUCAGCUCUUACUUCAAACCCUUCACACCUGACAGAGCUGGACCUGAGUGAGAACACCCUGGGAAAUGCAGGAGUGAAACAGAUCUCUACUCUACUGAAGAGUUCAUCCUGUAAACUCCAGAAACUUGUACUUUCAGACUGCAGUAUAGGAGAGGAAGGAUACACUGCUCUGGCUGAAGCUCUGAAAUCAUCUCACCUGAUAGAGCUGGAUCUUAGAGGGAACGACCCUGGAGACUCAGGAGUGAAGCUGCUCACUGAUUUACUACAGGAUCCAGACUGUACACUGAACACACUGAGUCUGUUGAAAAGUGCUGAGGCGGAGGAAGCCUGUGCUUCUUUAACUGAGCUUCUGGGUACAAACCCUUUACUGCAGAGAGAACUGGAUCUGAGUGGGAAAAUAUCUGGAGACUCAGGAGUGAAGCAGCUCUCUGUUCUACUGAAGGAUCCACACUGCAGACCUGAGAAACUCAGGCUGAGUAAGAGCGGUAUUACAGAGAGAGGCUGUACUGAUCUGAUAUCAGCUCUUACUUCAAACCCUUCACACCUGACAGAGCUGGACCUGAGUGAGAACACCCUGGGAAAUGCAGGAGUGAAACAGAUCUCUACUCUACUGAAGAGUUCAUCCUGUAAACUCCAGAAACUUGUACUUUCAGACUGCAGUAUAACAGAGGAAGGAUACACUGCUCUGGCUGAAGCUCUGAAAUCAUCUCACCUGAUAGAGCUGGAUCUCAGAGGGAACGACCCUGGAGACUCAGGAGUGAAGCUGCUCACUGAUUUACUACAGGAUCCAGACUGUACACUAAACACACUGAGGUUGUUAAAAAGUGCUGAUGCAGAGGAAGCCUGCAAGUGUCUCACUAACAUUGUGGGUAAAAACCCGUUACUGCACAAGGAGCUGGAUCUGUGGUACAGAACUAAAGACAUUAAAGUGAAUCAGGUCUCGGCUUUGCUGCAGGAUCCACAUUACAGACUGCAGAAACUCAGACUGUGUGAGAGUGUAAGUGUGAAAUCCUGCACUGAUGUGGUUUCAGCUCUCUGUACAAAUCCAUCACUCAUCAGAAUGCUGGAUCUGAGUGUGUGUGAACUAGGAGACUCAGGAGUGGAAAAGCUCUGUGAUCUACUAAAGAAACACGAGUGUAAACUGGAGACACUGCUACUGUGUGAGAGUGUAAGUGUGAAAUCCUGCACUGAUGUGGUUUCAGCUCUCUGUAAAAAUCCAUCACAUAUCAGAGAGCUGGAUCUGAGUAAGUGUGAACUAGGAGACUCAGGAGUGAAGAAGGUCUGUGAUCUACUGAAGAAACACGAGUGUAAACUGGAGACACUGCGGUUAGUAAAGUGCAGUAUAACAGAUAGACACUGUGCUGCUCUGACUGCUGCACUAAAGUUAAACUCCUCACAUCUGAAAGAUCUGGAUCUGAGGUGGAAUAAACUGGGAAAUUCAGUCACACGACUCGAGGAAUUACUGCAGCGUUCAGGAGGACGACUAGUACAUGAUAACUCCUUCAGAAGUGAAAUUAAACAUUCCUCUGAUGGGAGAAAGGAAGCAGCGUGUACAGUAAGUUAGGAAGCAGUGUGGAUCGUGAUUAAACUCAGCAGAACCAGGACAGUAGUGGAACAGACACUCAACAAACCCAGAAUUCAGUCUUCAGGAGGUUUAUAUAAGAUCACAGAACAGAAUUGGAGUAAUGAAACCAGUAACACCAGUAACACACAGAGACUGGAGGCUAAACAGGGGCUACACAAGCUCUCCCACCUCCAGUCCAUAAAACAAAUAGUACUAGAUAAACUUCAAAGAAACUCAUCAAUGUAGGACAGAUGAAGACAAACGUGUCCUGUGUCCUGUAUGUGACUGUCUCCUAUUUCAGUGA